AUGCAUGUAUGUACAGAUGAACAGUGGUCAACUAGUGCAGGUGCAAGUAGAAUUUUGGUUAUGUCAUAUGGUUCGGAUUUUGGUUCGUGUUGGGAUUUUGGUUCGGGUUCGGAUUUUGGCUCAGGUUCUGAUUUGGGUUCCGGUUCAGCAGUGGGUUCUGGUUCAGAUUUUGGUUCGGGUUCAGCGGUAGGUUCUGGUUCAGACUUUGGUUCAGGUUCUGGGACAGCGGUAGGUUCAGGCUCUGAUUUAGGUUCAGGAGUAUGUUCAGGAUUAGAAGUAGGUUCAGGUUCGGGUUCUGAUUUGGGUUCUGGCUCUGCAGUUGGCUCUGGCGUGGCUUCGUGUUCUUCACUAGCUGGCUCUGCUGUGGGUUCUACAAUAGAUUAA